AUGGCAGAGUUGGAAGUGAUGUUCGACGGCUCUUCACUUCCAAAACAUAAGAGUGUGGAAUCAGUUUCAUCAUCAGUGUUUGAUAAGCUCACCGACGAGCUCUUAAUCGAAACCCUAAUUCGUCUCCCUAUAAAGCCAGCCAAUCUCUGUAAGUGCGUCUCAAUACGCUUUCGCUCUUUGAUUUCCACUUCAUAUUUUGUACGUUGUUAUCUGAAUCAUCAUCAAAUCAACAAUUCUUUUGCUCUUUACUAUCAAUCGAAACCUACGUUCCAUAACAUGAUUCGUCCUUCCUUAAUGGGCAUCGAUAUUGCUUUCGGAUUCCCCAUUUUCGAAUCUCCAGGGUUUUCUUUAUCUUUUCUUGCUUCUUCUGAUUCUGAACAACAAAACCAAGAAACUUUUCAGUACCUAGCUUCAAACAACGGAUUAGUUUUAUGCUGUGCUGCUAUGCGUCGUCCAAUUGUUUACUUUGUUUGUAAUCCUUUAACAAAGCAAUGGAUUUCUCUUCCUCCCCCUCCUAGUAAUGUUAAAACAGUUUACACUGGGUUUAUAUGUAAUCCCCAAUAUUCAUGUAAUGAUGAUAGAAAAACAAGCUUCAAAGUGGUUCGAAUUGAAGUAGUUAAGUGUGAGUCACCUAGGCAACUCUCAGGAACAUUGAAAUUGGAAAUCUUCUGUUCGAUAUUAGGGAAAUGGACUGAGGAGUAUUUCAUGUCUAGUUCGAAUUUAGAUCAUGAAUUGUUCUAUGGAUGGAAUUACAGGUGUCCUAGUGCUGUAGUUUGUGAUGGAUUACUUCAUUGGGAUACUCUUUCAAACUGUGGUAUUUUCACUUAUGAUCCUUAUAAUGGUGAAUGUAGAACCAUUGAGCUUCCACGUGAGAUAAGAAAGCCAUUAUGGGCUCUUAAAUAUUGCUUAGGGGAGUCUUCUGGUUGUCUUAGAUAUGCUAAUUUUUCAUGGGAUGAUACGAAUUACAGAGUGUGGGAACUCAAGAAUGGUGGUGAGGGUGAGUGGUUGUUGUUGCAUAAAGUUCAUUUGGAUGAAAUGAAAUCAACAGUUGAAACAAUUAACAAGGGUUGCAUGGGUUUGCUUUCACCUCAUCCACUUGAUCAAGAUGUUGUUUUCUUUUGGUGUCGAUCUUCGUGUAGAAUUGUUGAAUACAAUAUGAGGAACAAGAUUUUGAAGUUACCUUGUUUUCUUCGAGAUAUGAAGAUUAUUAGUCUUUUGAGCCCUAUGUUCUUCCCGUUUGUGCUUCCUUGUUGGCCUACCACAGUUCCACUUAUCAAACAACAUGACCUAAGCUAA